GAACCAGAGGAACCAGAGGAAGAACCAGAGGAACCAGAGGAACCGGAGGAAGAACCAGAGGAACCAGAGGAACCGGAGGAAGAACCAGAGGAACCAGAGGAACCGGAGGAAGAACCAGAGGAACUGGAAGAAGAACCAGAGGAACCAGAGGAAGAACCAGAGGAACCAGAGGAACCGGAGGAAGAACCAGAGGAACCAGAGGAACCGGAGGAAGAACCAGAGGAACCAGAGGAACCGGAGGAAGAACCAGAGGAACCGGAGGAAGAACCAGAGGAACCAGAGGAACCGGAGGAAGAACCAGAGGAACUGGAAGAAGAACCAGAGGAACCGGAGGAAGAACCAGAGGAACCAGAGGAACCGGAGGAAGAACCAGAGGAACCAGAGGAACCGGAGGAAGAACCAGAGGAACCGGAGGAAGAACCAGAGGAACCAGAGGAACCGGAGGAAGAACCAGAGGAACCGGAGGAAGAACCAGAGGGACCAGAGGAACUCUUUCUGAGGGUUCAUCCUGGAGUCAGCCACUAA